AUCCGUAGCGAAUGCUACGUCAGCGCUACGCUCAAAUUGGUAAACUUCGGUUAAGUUUACUGUGACGGAAUUUAGUUUUAUUAUUUAUUUGUUAUUAAAAAAUAUAAAAAAAUCUAGAUAUAGUUUUGUGUAUAUAAAAUGUGAUGUUUUUAUAUAGACAUAAAAAUGUGACUCGUUUCGUUCGUGUUGAAUAAUAUGCGUAGUCGACGCUGACUGCCGGCCUGGUAUGAGGGGUCCACGUCGGCCGACCUACCUCUGUUCACCCCUUCGCGAGCCCACCUUUAACACAACCCUCUUUAUCCUCACCCUCCUCCUAAUCCUUCUAAUUUUACCAAUUUCUCAUACACAAAUGACUAAUCAAAAUGAUCUUAAAUUGAACGAUGCUAUCAAUAAAAUACGAGAUGAAAAAAAUAAUCUAACUGAUGACCCUAAUUUAAAUAAACAUAACGCACUUCAAGAAGCAACACUUUAUAGAUCUUUGAAAAAUGACAUGAAUACAUUGAGUUACCAAUCUCUAUUGAAUAGAUUUAGAAGAAAAGAUACUAUUAGAGCAAUUAAUAAGAGAAAUUACAAGAGCACAAGUAAGGAACUUUUAAAUAUAACUUUAAACAGUCCAAUAAAUGAUUUACUACCAAAUAUAUCUAUUUUAGAUAAAGAUAUUAAAACUAAAAUAAAUCAUAUAGAUAAUAAUGAAAUAGAUCAUUUGAUUACCACAAAAGUAACAAAUAGAAAUGCAACGAAAGAUCAUAUCGAUAUCAAAAGGACAACAUUGAGAGAAAUUAGACAAAACAGACGAAUCGGUUACACGAAAGAAGAAACGAUGGGAAAACUAAAAAUUGACGAAGAAACACGAUCAAAAUUAUUCCACGAUUAUUCAACAACACUUAACAGAAGUAGAAGUGAUACAAAGGAACUUGUUCUCAACCUCAACACUGAUUCAGAUACGCCAAGUGAAUUAUUGGAUAAAAAAUUUAAAGUCGAAGUUACAAAACAGCCCUCAGAACGAGAUUUAUUUACAAGAGUUAAUGACUCAUUAGUCCCUCCCGCUAACCUUACCGAUCCUUUAAUUAAGAACUUUACAAAAUCAACAAAGCCCAGUUCCGAUGAUGAUGACCAAAGAAACACAAGUCGUAUCGUCUCAAUCCUGGGACUUUUCGAGCUGUCGGUCGGUGACCAUCCAAGAGCGGACGGGAUGUCGGAACUGGCGGCUGCAAAACUAGCCGUGGACCAUGUUAAUAGAAGAUCAUUGCUGCCUGGGUACAAACUUCAUCUGAUAACCAACGAUACUAAGUGCGACCCAGGUGUAGGCGUGGAUCGAUUCUUCCACGCUCUCUAUACAGAAAGGCAAUCGAGACUCGUGAUGCUCCUCGGAACUGCCUGUUCUGAAGUCACCGAGAGCAUCGCUAAAAUUGUACCAUAUUGGAACAUUGUUCAGGUAUCCUUCGGUUCGACAUCACCAGCGCUUAGCGACCGUUCCGAGUUCCCAUUAUUUUGCAGGACAGUUGCACCUGACUCCUCACACAAUCCCGCGAGAAUAGCUUUUAUAAGACAAUUUGGAUGGGACACUGUAACUGCUUUCUCCCAAAACGAGGAAGUGUACUCCUUGGCCGUGAAUGAACUUGUGACCCAGUUAGAAGCCGCUAAUAUCACUUGUGCAGCCUCAAUUACAUUCGCUGAAACGGACUUCAAAGAACAGUUACAGCAACUCAAGAAACUAGAUACCAGGAUCAUUAUAGGAAGUUUUUCACAAGAAAUGUUACCGAAAAUAUUUUGUGAGGCCUACCAACUUGGCAUGUUUGGAGCGGAGUACGCGUGGUUGGUAGCUGGCGCGCCGCCGCGGAUUCGGGGCGUUGCACCGUGCGCGCGAGUUCAGCUUGCCAGAGCACUAGAAGGACUAGUCUCUGUUACUGCACACAGGGGGAUCGUUGGUGAUAUUGUGUCCUAUUCUGGACUUACAAACGAAAAGUUCCACCGGGACAUGCAAGGCUUCGGGGUGCCCAUAUCUCCUUAUGCCCCGCAUACCUACGAUGCGGUGUGGGCGAUUGCUUUAGCCCUGAGCCGAGCUCAACAGCUCUGGCAAAGCUCUGAAACAAACACGACCAAACUGGACCUGGAACACUUCGACUACGAUAGGAAAGACAUGGCAGAGGAAUUCUUAAAUCAACUGGCGAAUCUAAGUUUUCUAGGCGUUUCGGGUCCAGUAUCUUUUAACGGAGCGGACAGGAUAGGCAUGUCUGCAUUCUACCAAAUACAAGGUGGUCGUCCGAAAACAGUUGCCCUAUACACGCAUGGUCGAGAAAUGACAUGCCCAGAAUGUGCUAGACCACAAUGGGCAGGUGGUAUUCCAGCUGCGAGAAGAGUUCUGGUCUUACGAGUGGAUUCUGUGUGGGCGCCCGCGAGGCUGGCAGUCGCGGCCAUGUCAGCUGCUGGUGUUGCUCUCGCGUUGGCAUUCUUGGCAUUCAACUUGCAUUACAGCAAACGAAGAUUUAUAAAACUUUCAUCGCCCCGGUUAAACAACAUGACUCUAAUAGGUUGCGUGUUGGUGUACACGGCCGUUGCACUUUUGGGCGUCGACAACGCAAUCUUACCUACGUACAUUCCAUUUUCUGCCAUGUGUACUGGCAGAGUUUAUAUUCUCUCGGCUGGAUUUUCACUCGCAUUUGGAUCAAUGUUUGCGAAGACGUACCGAGUUCAUCGAAUAUUUAUAAGCAAUCGAAGCGGAGUGUGUAAAACCAAACUCCUACAAGAUACUCCACUUAUAUCUCUGGUGUGUGCUCUACUCGUGAUUGACGGAUUGAUAGUUACUUUGUGGGCUAUCCUAGAUCCGAUGGAAAGACAUCUAAAGAAUCUGACCGUUGAAAUAAGCUCUACCGAUCGAAGCGUAGUUUAUCAACCCCAGAUAGAAGUCUGCAAAUCACAAAAUACAACCGGUUGGCUUUGUGCACUCUACGCCUACAAGGGUCUCCUUCUUAUCGUUGGUGUAUAUAUGGCCUGGGAGACCAGAAACGUGGAAAUAUCAGCUUUGAAUGAUUCCAAAUAUAUUGGCAUUAGCGUCUAUUCUGUAGUCAUCACGAGUGCAAGUGUUGUAGUUAUCGGAACUAUAAUUUCAGAGAGGGCUACAUUGGCUUACAUAACGAUCACAAGUUUGAUCCUGAUAGCCACUACGUCCACUCUCUGCCUUCUAUUUUUGCCGAAAAUUAUUGCAAUAAGAAGUAAAGCCGAAGAUGAUCCUGUUAUUCAAAGUAUGGGACUCAGAUUGGAGUGUAAAACUAGACGGUUCGUGACUGACGAAACUCGAGAACUACACUUUCGUAUCGAAAUACAAAAUAAAGUUUAUAAAAGAGAAGUUGCCGCUUUAGAUCGUGAAAUAGGGAGGCUGGAAAAGUUAUUAGCCGAACCUUUAGACGUGGGCUCUAAUGCUUCAGUUGUUUUACAUAAACGAACGGAACUUAAUACAGUUGAAGAAGAAGGUCGUCCCCCCGAUUCGAACCAAAGGACUCCUAGCAUCAGUGGUGGUUUGCCAAUGCUCCUUCUUUCCGUCCUACCGCCCGUCAUACCUCGCGCAAGUUGGCCAUCCGCCGAAGCGUGCAGAGGUAGGAAUUCUGUCAGCUUCAGUUCCCAACCCAAACUAAAUUAUAGAAAAUCGCAACCCGCGAUCGACUUGUACAACCUCUGUCUAAACAGACGGGAAGAAAAUCAUGGUUUUCUAAGUAGAUUAAAAAGUUUUUUUGGUAGUAGAUCGUCAAGCAGAAAGGAAUCGACAAUUUCUAUAGCGGACCCUACCGGUCAAAGUAUCGCCGCUGCUUUAAAAUUGCACGUGGGAAUGAUCGCCGGACUGGUGCCAGGUAAUAGAAAGCACUCGAUGGUUCUGUCUUGUAACACAUUACAUGUCCCUCAUCCAGAAAUGAAAUUGCGAAGGGAAUCCUAUGCGAGAAGUGGUCCAAUAAUUCGAAUAACUGACGAUGAACCGACGUGUUCGAAAUAUGUUUCGGAAAAAAGCAUAUCAUCUGGUACGCAUAAAUAUGUUGCAGAACCGGAAACUAAAGUCAAUUUCGUGUUGCCAACGAUGCAUAAAAGGCCCAUGUCUCAACAAAGUUCCUGCGAGAGGAUAAAGGGUUCCCCGAGAUUUCCCCAUCGAAUAGCACCAACGGCUACCAGUUUAAUAGCCUUACAUAGUAAGAGGAAAACGAGCGCAGACAGCGUGUUUCAUAUAUCAGAUGGUGGCUUUGACGAGCAUCGAAGGUAUAGCCAUCAGAAUGUUAGCAACCAAGAAUACAAAGGAAACACGGCACUGGAAAGCCGAUGGAGGUCCACAGAAGACGCGAGACCGGGACCAUUAACAGGGAAUUGAUAUUUAGGGGUAAGAAAUAAUGUGCCAAACGUUUUCGUUUUCAUAGGUUUUUAUCGUGUAGCAUCAGUCACUGUAGUAUGUAUUCCGUAACAAUAUGACCAUUGUUAUUCCAAGACUUUGAUAUGGUAUCAAAUCAUCAACGUAUCUCUAAUAUUACAAGUAGCUCUUUAUAUCUGUAGUAAGUGUAAUUGAUAACGUAUAGUGCUUUCAUUUUAAAAUCAUGAAUAUCGUGAAACUGUGAGAAAUAACACCAAAAAUAUAGAUAUAGAUAUGAUUAGAGUCGUAGUUGCGAAAAUAAUUCGUUCAUUAUGAUUGUGUUACAGUUUGUUAAUAUAUGAACCAGACGAAUACAACCUAAUACUUUUCUAAAAACGAGUUUUAUGAGAAUUAUUAUAAUAGAUAGAACUUAUAGCUAUAGUUUUAGCUUAUAGAAGUUUCGGUGUUUUAUUUGAACCCCAACACGUGUUGUAUUUUGUAGGGUAGUCUCGUAUUUUAUGUGCCUUGAUAAACAAGUUGAGAUUUAAAUCACCUGAUAAUAUUUAAGUUGUGGUCAUCUAUGGUAAUGCAAGCUACGUUUAAUAUAACUUUCGAAGCUUAUAUCAAUGGACAGCUUGGAACCCUUACUUUAUCUGAUGAAGAGAAA